UGUGCAAAGUGUUUUUGUUCAUUUCGGCCAUAAAUAUCAAACACACUGCAUCUUAUCUCCACUCUCAAAUCUCACCCAAAACCCCUAAACACCUUAUCUCUUCGUUCCCCCCAUGGCUGCUUCAGCUUCGUCUCUCGCUCUCUCUACCUUCAACCCUAAAUCCCUUCCUUUCUGCGUCUCCAGACCCGCCUCCGCUUCCCUCUUACCUCCUUCCGUCUCCUUUAAACUCAAUUCCGAUUCUGCUUCCGUCUCCAUCUUCGCUUCCUCCGCCUCCAAAUGGAGCUCCGCCGCCUCUCGCCUCGUCCGUAACGUCGCGGUAACAGAGGACUUCGAGGUUGAAGAAGACGGCAUUUUCGCUGACGACGCCGCGCCCAGGGAGCAAUCCUUCUCCGCCGACCUCAAACUCUUCGUUGGUAAUCUCCCUUUCAACGUCGACAGUGCACAGCUCGCUCAGCUCUUCGAGAGCGCCGGAAAUGUUGAGAUGGUCGAGGUGAUCUAUGACAAAGUGACAGGACGAAGCAGGGGUUUCGGAUUCGUGACUAUGUCCUCAGCUUCUGAAGUUGAGGCUGCUGAGCAGCAGUUCAAUGGCUAUGAGUUGGAUGGUAGAGCCUUGAGAGUUAACGCAGGUCCUCCUCCACCAAAGAGGGAAGACGGCUUCUCCAGAGGACCCAGAAGCAGCUUUGGAAGCUCCGGCUCUGGAUAUGGUGGAGGUUCAGGGUCUAGUGCUGGUUCAGGAAACCGUGUCUACGUCGGAAACCUUUCAUGGGGAGUGGACGACAUGGCUCUUGAGAAUUUGUUCGGGGAGCAAGGAAAGGUCGUUGAGGCCAGAGUCAUCUACGACAGGGACAGUGGUCGGUCAAAGGGUUUCGGAUUCGUGACGUACAACUCUGCUCAAGAGGUCCAAAAUGCCAUCAGAACCUUGAACGGUGCUGAUUUGGACGGCAGACAAAUCAGAGUCUCGGAAGCUGAGGCAAGGCCUCCAAGGCCUAGAUACUGAGCACUAAUCUAUGGCUUCCUGUUCUCAAAAACGCAUAUUCUAGAGGGCGCUUCGAAGCAUAGAGGGUUUUGUGAGAGGAUGGCAGUUUCGGGCGGUACCUAAGCUCUUCGCCUAUAUGUUUGUUGUGCCUUCGGAUGCACGAAUGGUCUUUUUUGUUUUUUGAGAAACAUAUAAUUAAGAUUAUAAAAGUGGAGACCAUCUUCUUGUCUGUCUGAAUGCUGCCAUUGACUGCUUCGCUUUGGUUUAAUUCAAUUUUAUCUCUAUUUCGUGUUCUCUUCAUAAUGCUUCCCUAUUUCCACAGUCUUGUUCUUGUUUUUUUAAUCCUCUGCGCAUAUGAAUGUGAAACCAUUUGAAAACCGCUAAAACGGUAAAAUCACGCAAACCGAUC